AUGAUUCAUUCUUUUGUUGGGAAGAUCCAAAAGGGUAUUUCACACUUUGUACACAAAAGACACGGUUUGAAUGCAGAGUUGGAUGCAGAAGAUGUUAGGGAAGGAUAUUUUGCUGUAGUUGCAGUGAAGAAUGGAGAAAUAAAAAAGUUUAUCAUUGGAUUGGAGUACUUGAGUGAUCCUGAAUUUUUGGAACUACUAGAUCAAGCUCGGGAAGAGUAUGGUUUCAUACAGAGAGGAGCUAUUGCUGUCCCUUGUCGACCUCAACAAUUGCAGACCAUAUUAGAUGGUCAGAGAUGA